AGGUAUCAAGCGGUAACAUAAUGGCAAUAUCAGCAUUGUCUGCAACUUCUCUUCUGGUUUUUGUCUUCUGUUUUUGCCUACGAGGUGCCUUUGGUGACUAUGGGGGAGGAUGGCAAGGUGGCCAUGCUACAUUCUAUGGCGGCGGUGAUGCAUCCGGCACGAUGGGAGGUGCUUGUGGAUAUGGUAACUUAUAUAGCCAAGGUUAUGGAACCAACACUGCAGCACUUAGCACUGCCUUGUUCAACAAUGGCCUCAGCUGCGGUUCUUGUUACGAAAUGAGGUGUGACAAUGACCCGAAAUGGUGCCUGCCUGGAUCCAUUAUCGUCACCGCGACCAACUUCUGCCCUCCCAACUUUGCUUUGUCCAAUGACAAUGGUGGCUGGUGCAAUCCUCCUCUGCAACACUUUGACUUGGCAGAGCCAGCCUUCUUGCAAAUUGGUCAAUACCGGGCCGGAAUCGUCCCCAUUUCGUUCAGAAGAGUAUCCUGUGUGAAGAAAGGAGGAAUCAGGUUUACAAUCAAUGGUCAUUCUUACUUCAACUUGGUCCUAAUUACAAAUGUUGGAGGUGCUGGAGAUGUCCAUUCAGUAUCAAUCAAGGGUUCAAAAACAGGAUGGCAAUCCAUGUCAAGGAAUUGGGGCCAAAACUGGCAGAGCAACUCUUACCUCAAUGGUCAAAGUCUGUCAUUCCAAGUCAUCACGAGCGAUGGCAGAUCCGUGACCAGCUACAACGUGGCACCCGGAAAUUGGCAGUUUGGUCAAACAUUUGAUGGUGGUCAAUUCUAGAGUUUCAGGACAACAAAGGGUCUUGGAAUAGAAGAUACAUAUGUCAUAGAUAUUGUUUGAGUCAGGGAAAGGUAUAAGAGGGAGAGUUCAGAGUAAGGAGAGGCUCAGCCAGCCCCAUAUGGCUGUCAACUGCUGAGGUGAUUAAUUGGGCACCCGCUAGGCCUUUAUAUAUAUCACUUUACUUGAUUCAUGAUCAAGGAUAUUUCCAUUUGUUUGGCUUUUGUUUUAAUUCAUCAGAGCCAUGCCAUGAACUGAAUCAAAAUAUCAAAUUAAAAGAUUUCUUUAGUUCAUUCUAAA